UUUUUUGUACUGUUAUGUAUUAUAUAAAACUAUAAAGCUGUUUCAAAACUUACAAGUUGCAACAACACGCUAAUAACAACAACAACAAUGCUACAAAAUUGACGUCUUUGCCAAAAACUAAAAAAGAAAAACGGUGCAGCAAAAAAAAUGGAUAGAGGCGAACAUUUCUCUAAAAACUUUUGAAAAUAGAGAAAAAUUCUGCCGCAUUAAAAUUAAAUCAUCAGUAAAAAUAGAUCUCAACCAACUAACGGUGCUUUUUGUGCACAGCUACAGCUGUUUGUGUUGAAGUCACACACCAUAGCACAUACACACACAAAAACAACAACAAUAGCGGCCGCUUGUAAUUAAUAUGUACGAAAAAACUUUGAUAAUAGGAACUUCAAAAGUUAAUAAUGCAUAUGAAUGGCAAAAAGUGAGUUGUAAAAAACGAGCAGCACCUGCAACAGCACCAACAACAAUCGCGGCAAUAGCUAAAACACGGCAACAGAAGCAGAAAACAAGCAAAAAUCCACAGACAAAUGCCCAACAAAAUGUAAAGCCGCCUAUGCCAACGUCGUCGCAAUCGAAAUACGUUAGCAGCGGUUUACGACGUCAAUCACUUGCGCAUCAAUUAAAACGCGCAAAUCGUCACCUUCUAACGAGCGGUGGCAACGACAAACAGUUGCAGAAGCAACAACAGCGAAGUAUAAACCAAACAACAGUAAAAAAUGCCCGUAGCAGCCGCAGAGCAGCUGCCACAGGAGUACAUUCAAAAACAACAGAGCAGCGUGGCAAACGCAUACAAAAUAAACAAUUGAUUAGCAAUAAAAGUGAUAAAAAUAAGCACAGAAUCAAAACACAUAAGCAGCAACCGCACAACAGCAGACAACCGACGCGAAAGCGUGGCUGCGCUGACGGCGGUGGCAGUGACGGUGCACAAUCUGCGCUUUCUUCGCGUUGGUGCUCCAUAGAGGCACAGCUAAACGUUCUGGACGAGCUUCUAUACUAUUGCGAUGAGGAGGCUGAAUUGUAUAUAGCAAAACUAUACGAAACUUAUCAUCAGCAAUUGGACUACGAUAGCUGCACAGCUGAAAGCGACAGCGAGGAAUUUUGGGGCGAAGAAGACACCAUGUCACAGAAUAGCACCAACGAUGAUGACGCGCUGUCCACCACAAGCGGUGCAGGCAGCAAUAGCACCAACACAUCUUUACCACUAGUGCCCUCCUCAUUGAAACGGCGUGGUCAUCAGCACCACCCGAGGUUUUCUGGAACACGCAGACCCAAUGUUCCUAAUGUGCAAGAAAUCCUGGCUGCACUCUAUCGCGGCGAUUCCAAAGGCGUGUUGUCUAACUUGCGUGGGGAAGUGGAGGAUCAGGAGCCCACUGCAGCUUCUAAAUCUACGCUUACUUUGCCACUUAGUGAGUCUGUGACAAAUUCUCUUGGCAGCAAUAGUCCUACACCCACUGAUGAGAGCAGCAUUCUUGACGAGAGUGCCGCUACAACCACAACAACAGCAACAGAGGGGGUAAAAACAUCAGCAUCUCCACAAGUGGAGGGCAAAUCGUCUGUCGGUGGCAAGAAAAAGAAACGUGAGCGCAGUGGCAAGUCAGAAAAGUCGGAACGUAAAAAGAAAUCUUCGUCGGGAACGAAACGAGAGCGCAGCAAACGUCACAGUGGUGAAGCCUACAACAAUACAAUGGAGGCCAGCAGCGAUAGCAUUGCCACAGACCUAAGCGCGGGCGCUAUUGACGAAGGCAUAGCAAUGAUGAUUGGCGAUGAUGAAGAUACUCAGGCAGCCGAAUGGGCCAAGCUGCGUUGCACCAGCGAGGCGGCCGAGAUUGUGGCAGAACGCGAGGCUCGUCGUAAUAAGGGACGCUGUGCCGACUAUCCGGGUCUAGCUUUUGGGCGUUCAAUCUUCAGUUCGGAUACCAUGAUGAAGUUCAACAUUAUACGCAAUGAGCUUCAUAACAUAAUGAACACGCAAUUGAAAAGGGCCGAAUCUGAGGUUGCUGCUUUGAACCGUCGCAUUCAAUUGCUCGAAGAAGAUUUGGAGCGUUCUGAGGAGCGUUUGGGCUCAGCCACAGCCAAGCUGUCGGAAGCUUCUCAAGCUGCUGAUGAGAGCGAACGUGCUCGUAAGAUUCUUGAGAAUCGCGCCCUUGCCGAUGAAGAACGCAUGGACGCUCUUGAGAAUCAGUUGAAGGAGGCACGUUUCCUUGCUGAGGAGGCUGACAAGAAAUACGAUGAGGUUGCCCGUAAAUUGGCCAUGGUUGAAGCUGAUUUGGAGCGUGCCGAAGAACGUGCCGAACAGGGUGAAAACAAAAUUGUGGAGCUUGAGGAGGAACUCCGCGUCGUUGGUAACAACUUGAAGUCCCUUGAAGUCUCAGAAGAGAAGGCAACACAAAAAGAAGAAACUUUUGAAACGCAAAUCAAAGUUUUGGAUCAUUCGUUGAAAGAGGCUGAGGCACGCGCUGAAUUCGCUGAGCGUUCCGUUCAGAAAUUGCAGAAGGAAGUCGACAGGCUCGAAGAUGACUUGUUAAACGAGCGCGCCAAGAACAAACUGCUGCAGGAGGAAAUGGAAGCCACUUUACAUGACAUACAAAAUAUGUAAACGAAAGAAAUGAUUGGCUUUUUUGUAAAUUAACUAAACUGCCUGCUUUGACGUCAAUACACAAAACUGGCGCUUUCCAUAUUAUAAUGAUAAAUACACACACACACGAUCACACACACACACACAUACAUGCAAACACAUAAAUCAAGGAGUAGAGACAGACAAACAUGCUAUGUAUACAUAAACCAUAUUAAAGUUGUCGGCAAUGCCAACUGAAGAGAGCAAAGUUAAAUUAACUUGAAAGUAGUGGAUAAAACCGAAACGAGACCGCAAUAACCGGACAGCAGUAUUAAAGCUCCUCCAGUACCCACUAAUUGCCAAUCGAAAGUUACUACCUAGUUACUGUCUCCGGUCCUUUCCAUUACUGUGUUGAUGAGGUUUCAAUACAGUUCUGGUGUUAUUUCAGUUACGAUUCGGUUUGUUUCGCUGCUUAAAAUGCAGACACGACAAAGAGGAAGGAGAAUUAACUUAAAUAAAAAGAAAAACUUACAUUCUUAUCAGCGCAUUCCACCUAUGUCAGUCAGUUUAGCAUUUUUGCGCUUUAUUUAAAUAACAAAAGAAAAAACUGUUGCAAUAUUUUGUUCUUUUUCUCUUACAAGAAGCCUUUCUUUCUUCUGCUAGUUUUUUGUUUGAAUUUAUUUAUUACUUGAACAAACGCAACGCAACAAGGAAGAAAACAUACUGUUAUUUAUAAUAAAUUUAAAGAGACCUUUUAUUGCCCACAGCUUAAUUGUAUUAAUAUUCUAAUUCUUAAAUUGUUUAUUAAUUUUACUCUUGUUUGCAAAACGUUGUGUAAUAAUUGCUUAUUUUUAAGUUUCCACGUCUACUUCCUUUUGGAGAGAAUCCAAAUUUAUAGUAAGCCAUGAGAAUACAUGAUAAAGAAUGAUAUCACUAGCUAGUGACGAAUACACACCUCAGAGUUGCAAACUAAAGCAAAAGACAAAAGACACAAAAGACACAGCGCACAUCAUUCCAAGCACAUAGAGACAGCUUUCAAUGCCCCCCACCAUUUUAAUUUGCAUACAUAUUAUACUAUAGUAAUAUUUAAAGCAAUAAAUUCCAACAAAACAGUCACUUCAUUUCAUCUUUGCCUUUAAAAACAUAUUGCCAGAGUGACAAACUUGUAAGAUCCUAGUACGAAGGCAUUAAACUUUGUUAAGAGAGAAAUAAUAAUUAAAUUUUGAUUUAAACACAAUUUACAUAAAUUAAUUAUUUAUAUUUUUAAUAUAUACAAAAUAUAUAUAUUAUACAAUAUCAUGCUGCAGAAAUUGCACAAAUAAAGUAUUUUUCCAAAAGUAAA